CAUCUUAAAAUCUUCAUGCUCCGUCGAUUGACUCGCCAACUCACCUUUCUCAACUCGGCCGAGUCGAACCGGUUCAACUCAUUCACCGGCUCACCGCACCGUCGUCAUUUCCCGGUCAAAUCUCUCCCCGUUAAAUAUCCUGUCGUAAGUCCUACGUUUUCAUCGAUCUGCGUGAAGUACAAAUCUUCCUCCUCCUACUCGGCAGUCACCGGGAGGCGUAUGCCGGUGGAGAUGAGUUCUAGUCCGAUGACGGCGUCGGUGGUGGAGGAUUUUGUUCACGUUGAUGGAGAAGUUGCUAAUUUGAAUUCGGAAGGCUCGGAAGCGAGUGUUGUGGAGGAGCAAGGAGUUGAAGAGGUAAUUUCGGCGAAUGUAGAAGGUGAAGGAGAAGGAUAUGAAAGGAAGGUUUUGCCGGAGGAAUUGUCGAGGAGUGUAAUGAUGCUAACUUGUGAUUCUUCUGCCAAUGGAGGCAUUUGCGAUGUGUAUGUUGUUGGCACUGCUCACGUUUCUUCGGAAUCCUGCCAAGAAGUUGAAGCAGUAAUCAAUUUCUUGAAACCAGAGGUUGUCUUCUUGGAGUUAUGCUCAGGUCGGGUGGGUAUACUUACACCUCAGAAUUUAAAGGUACCAACAAUGGGAGAAAUGGUGGACAUGUGGAAGAAAAAUCAAAAUCCGUUUGGGAUACUCUACAGCUGGUUUCUUGCCAAGGUUGCUACCAAGCUUGAGGUUUUUCCCGGGGCGGAGUUUCGUGUGGCAUAUGAAGAAGCAAUGAAGUACGGUGGUAAAGUGAUUCUUGGUGACCGUCCCGUGCAAGUGACAUUGCGAAGAACAUGGGCAAAAAUGCCACUUUGGCACAAGACAAAAUUGGUGUACUCUCUAUUGUUCCAAGCAGUAUUUUUACCGAAGCCUGAAGAUCUCGUCAAAAUGUUGAAGGAUAUGGAUGAUGUUGACAUGUUGACUCUUGUGAUUCAAGAAAUGAGCAAGCAGUUCCCUACUCUUAUGGAUACCCUAGUUCAUGAGCGAGAUCAGUUUAUGUCAUCAAUGUUAAUAAAAGUUGCCUGUGAACACAGCUCUGUAGUCGCAGUUGUUGGCAAGGGUCACCUUCCAGGAAUCAAGAAGAACUGGAAGCAACCUAUUGAGGUUAAGGAACUACUAUCAAUACCGUCACCCAAACCUCUCAUUUCUGUUGCGAAGAUUGUGACAACCCUUGGAGUUGCAGUUGCAGGAGUGGCCAUAAUAUCUGGCAUUUACGUUUCAAGCAAGAAAUAAUCAAUCAGAGGUUUUAGAUCCAACGGUCGGUAGGGCGAUGAAUAUGAACAUCAUCAAGGCUCUCUCUUGUGACUUUCAACAUUUGAGGGUCAUGAACUGUUACUACUUCUCUUAUGCAUUUGAAGGGAAUCAGUACACAGAUACAAGGAAAUUGUCAUUUUGCAAA